AUGCAUUGGAUUUCUAUGCUUCUCGCGGCGGCAGCCGUUGAGUAUGGCGUGAACGCUGCUGCAACGCUUCGUUUCUCUUGUUCCCAGCUUGUUGUUGAACGUCUUGAUCCUGCGAGGAACGGUACUUUUAAGCGUGUGAAUACAUUCGGAAACGAACUUGGCUUCACUGGGGCGAAUGGUGGUCAGACUGUCUACUAUCUCUCUAGUGGAAAGGUGACUGCGUUUAAACCUGGCUUCCGUAUGACUGUCGGCGAUCCAAACUUUCGCACCGCAGCUCAGCUGAAUGCCAAGUACAAGUAUAUGGACUUCACUUGCUUGCAAUCAUCCAUGACAAGAGGUGGCGCGACUACGAGCUUCCCGACAAAGGCCUGCCCGGCCGGAAUCAUGGUCAGCAUUCGAUUCCCGACCUGCUGGGAUGGCAAGAAUCUGGACAGCCCUAAUCACCAAGACCACGUCGCUUACCCUAACGGGAACUCUUGUCCCUCUACACACCCUGUCACAGUUCCACAAGUAUUCUACGAGACAUACUGGGAUACCAGGCCGUUCAACAACCAGAAUGACUGGCCGACAGACGGGUCUCAACCAUUUGUAUGGUCUUUCGGUGACAAGACAGGUUAUGGGAUUCACGGUGAUUACGUCUUCGGCUGGAAGGGCGACGCUCUGCAGCGAGCCAUGGACAACAACUGCAACAGCGAUCUCUUUUCCAACAGUAUCAAUUGCGCUACGCUAAAGACACAAUCGCUUGCAGAAGCAAACAAGUGUACGAAGAAGGUUUCCGUUACGGAGCCGCUUGACGGAUGGCUCACCGAACUACCAGGCGGCAUGCUGGUCACCUAG